AAAUAUAUCGAUAUAUAUAUAUGUAAAAAUAUAUAUAUAUAGAUCUGGUAGCUGAGACCCAGAGAUGCAGAACGUUGAGGCUUCUCUGGCAGAAGAUUUCGCGCGUAUUCGUGAAGUACAAGUUAACAAUGUUAUACGCAUUUUGGAGGAUUCGCUUGGCCGGAUCAAAGUAUCGCUUAUAUUGCCGCAAAUGGUCUCCGAUCUAGACACUGUCGAGCGGCAACUGCGCGGCACUGCCUAUCAGCCGGCGAUUGAGCUGUUGAGCAAUGUGAAGAAAUUGGGUACGGUCAAUAUGCAGCUGGUCGAUAGCGAGAUACUUAAGACAAUCGAUUAUUUUCAUCGAAAUUUUGAGAUGAAUGAACUAUUUCCACGCUUUCUCAACAAUCUGUCGCCCUACGAUAAGACCGUAUUGGUGGCCUUCGAGACAAUUCUGUCCGUCGCUCGUAGACAAAUCGAGCGCACUUCGAAGGCCGAGAUAAAUAUGGAGCGGCAGCUGUAUGUCAUGUACCGGGAACGAGAGGAGACCAUGGCACGCAACGAGAAGUUCAGAAAGAAGCUCAAGUCGAAGUAUGCGGCUCUGCGCUGGAAGCAGGGCGCCCAAUUCGUAAUAUUGGAGAAGCAUGAGAGCGAUCUGGCCAACAAAAAGUGGAAGAAUAAUGUGAGGAUUCAAAACGAAAUUGAAAAACGCAGUCGCAUGUUAAGAGAUAAUCACAAGCUUAGCCUGCUCAGGCAAAAGGAACUGGAGGAGGAGCUGGAACGUGCAGAAUCUAAAUACGAAUUGCUAAUCAAAAAUAAUGUGAUUAAGGAAAAAGAAAUACGCGGUGAAAAAAGCAAGCUGCUGAUCCAGCUCGAGAAUAUACUUCGCAAAUAUGACACCAGUGUCAGUGACAAGUUGCGCGAAAAUCUCGAACUGGAGGAUAUGUAUAAGGUGGCGAAAAAGCAGUUGGAUGAGUUUAUGGUACAGUAUCGCAAGGAGGAGGCAGUCUACAAGAACAUUGUUGUCAAAUACGAAAAGGAGGAGCAGCGCAAGCAGCAACAGCGAAUCAUGAUAUACAUGAUGAAUCGGGCGGCUCGCAAGAUCCAAAGAUAUUGGCAGAAAUGGCGAAAGGAUCAGCUAAAGAAAGCACGCAAGGCUAGGAAGAGCAAGAAGAAGUAAACUGAUUAGAUUAUAUAUUGGAUUUGUAUAUU